AUGUAUAUUAGCGAAAUUCCCGUUCGUAUUGAUGACACCAUGACAUGGUUAACAAACUUAGACCAUUCGACGAGUGCAAGAGAUGUCAUACAUGCACUCCUAUCUAAUUUGGAUACUCACAAUGAUGAUAUUGAUGAUUAUACUCUCUAUGUUCAUACGGACCGUGACAUUCAUCCGCUAUUACACAAUUCAAAAAUCUACAAAGUUGUGGCAUCGAUUCAAAAGCAUCAGUGUGGUAGACGUUUAUUAUUCGAAAUCAAACAUCGACAUGUUUCUAUCAACAGAUCAAAAUAUGUGACAGGCCGGUCACUCCGGCAGAGUUCGAAGAAACAGAAAUCAGACAAACUUCGACCAGAGAAACGCGUGCGAUUCUCAAAUGAAAUCCAAAUACAAGAUAUUAAUGGGCGAUGUUGGCGAGAUCGGUGUAAUGGGACAUCACCAGUGCAUUUUCUCGACGCUUUGUUCAUUCUCAAUAAUGAACAGCAUCAGGGUGUAUCAGAGAACGAACUGCUGACGAAUGAGAACGAUGAAGUAUUACCAGUCGCGGUUAAAUAUGAUGAGACAGAGUUUGCACGUGGUGAAUGGAAACAUCAGUCCACAACCGUCACACAUUUAAUGUCAACUUGUGUCCAAAAACUGCAUAUCGAGAAGUUCCAGUGA